UGAAAAUGGAGGAUGAAGGAGAGUUCCCAGUUAAUUUUAAUGUAAUUGAUGAAUAUUUCAAGGAGAAGUUCACAGAUUACUUUAACAGAUUCGAUCAAGGAUUUAUAUUGAUGGUAGAUCCUGAGUUAUAUAACUUAUUGCCAAUCGAUAAAGAUGUAAAACCUAAAAUUAAGAGGUACUUUGUACUUGAUGAAGGAGUUGAAGAUAUACUGACAGAUCAGCUUGAACCAACCCUCUCUAAAGAAGAGAUCAACAGAAUGGAGAAUACUUCUCAGCUAGGUACUGUAAUUUUUAUCCUCAAGCCUAAGAAGGCGAUUAUUGAGAAAGCAUAUAUGGUCAGGAAGGUGGUUGAAAGGAGUGGAAUCACAGAUUGUAAUUAUCUGUUUGUGCCUAGAGGGCCAAAGUACCUAUCCCAGUCUUACCUAAUCAGUAACCCUGAAAAGAUCACCUUUAUUAACAUGAAUAUUGUUCCAUUCGAGAGAGAUGUGCUUAGUCUUGAAAUCAACGAUUCUUUCUUCAAUAGUAUCCAACAAGAAGAUUUGGAGUAUAUCCAGCAAUCAUAUGAAGCUAUCUCCAGACUAGAAAAGGUAUAUGGAACAAUCAAGUAUAAGUUCGCUUGUGGGCCAAAUGCAGUGAAUGUUCUGAACAAAUUACUUUCUGUGAGCUCUGAACUUACAGUCCCAUUCCAAAUCUCUGACUCCUCCGUCUAUGAUGGCUAUGACUCUACUAUGAAGGGAGGAGAGAUAGAUGGACUCAUUUUGAUGGAUAGAAGAGCUGACUUAAUCACUCCUUUCUGCAUCCAGCAGACAUAUGAAGGCAUGCUUGACGAGCAUUUUGGCAUUAACGCCACUAUGCUUAGAACAAAGAGCUCUAUUAUUAGAGGAAGUGACGAAGAGGAGAAGAAAGCUGCUUCUGAGGGAAGUCUACCUAAAUUUGAAGUAAUGACCUUGAAAUCUGACCAUGAUUUGAUUCUUGAUGAGAUCAGAGACCUCCAUUUUGUUGCACUCGAGAGCAAAUUCUCCCAAAGAGUUAUUGACAUUGACAGGAUUAUCAAGGAAAAGGACAACCCCAAAAAUGUAGAUGAUUUGGAAAAAUAUAUUGAGAAGCUUAAGAAUAUGAAAAUCGUCAAAGUGAAGGAUAAACUGACUUUUCAUAUUAAUCUGGCUCACCAUAUAAACUCAGAGAUUAAUAAUUUCGACUACUCAGACUGACUUGGGCUCGAACAGAAGAUCAUUUAUGGUGAGAAUUCUAAGGAGAUGAUCGAGUCGUUGGAGCUGCUCAUGGCUAAAGGGGCUGAUAGAGACAGCAUUCUCAGACUUUUCGCUCUUAUCUCGAUCACUCAGGGAGGUAUUAAGGAAAAGGUAUACCAGGAGCUCUUCAAACAGUACAUUGAUUGUUAUGGCUUCGAAGAAAUGAACACUCUUCUUAAUAUGGAAGAGAUGUUGCUCUUUAUGAAAAAGCAAACUAGGUAUAAAUAUGAUUGGAAUAGAAUUAUGAGAGAGUUCUUGAUUAUUAAUGAGGAAACACAGUUGAAGAAUCCUAUUGAUUACAGUUAUGUAUACAAUGGCUAUUCUCCCCUCAGCGUGAAAGUGAUAGACUACUGUAUGAGCGAGAAAGGUUUCUACAACAUGGAUACUAAGCUGAAGUAUGUAACAAAUAAAGUAAAAUAUCCUCAUAAUGAGAAAGAAUUAUUUGACAGGAAGGGUCCAGCUUCAAGUGGAGGAAGGAAAAAGGUGAUCUUGGUGUUUUACAUUGGAGGCAUUACUUACUCAGAGAUCUCUGCUAUUAGGUUCCUCAACAAGUUACAUACUGAUAAGGUCUUUGUGGUUGCUACCACCCAAAUUAUCAACUUUAAGAAAUGUAUUGAGCAAGUGCGAACUCAUAUAUAAAAAUUCAACUUUG